GGAUGACCCCAUGUCACCUACUCCAUGCUGACUUUAAUUUCCAGCUCAAUCUACGGUAGUUCACGAGGAUUGUGGGCGCAUCUUCCUCAUGCUGCAGUGCCAUGCAGUUUGAAGUUGUUGAAAGCAAGAGCGCCUUUCAUCGUGACCUCGGGCAAUCUCUCACCUCGAAUCCACCUCUGAAGCCUGCGGUGUGUUCUCAGGCAGGAGGUUUAUCCAGAACAGAGGCUGAAAGCUGUGAUUAUCCUAUCAGCCGGCAAACUCUCUUCUGUGUUUUGAAACAAGUCCAUCGUAGGCGGAAUAGUUGGUGAAGCUAUAUACUGCACCGACGUCAGAAAACGAUGGGGGCACUGAUAUCAAGACUAUGGUUCUUUUGGUUCCCAGCAAAGGAGUACAAGAUUGUCGUGGUUGGAUUGGACAACGCAGGAAAGACAACAACAUUGUAUAAGCUGCAUCUGGGGGAGGUGGUGGUUACGCAACCAACGGUGGGGAGCAAUGUGGAGGAACUGAUAUAUAAAAACAUUAGAUUCGAGGUAUGGGAUCUCGGAGGGCAGGACCGUCUGCGGACGUCAUGGGCGACGUACUACCGGGGCACGCACGCGGUCAUCAUAGUUGUAGACAGCACGGACCGCUCGCGGAUCUCCAUAGUGCGGGACGAGCUCUUCAAGCUACUAGAGCACGAAGACUUGCAGCCCGCUGUAGUGCUUGUGUUUGCAAAUAAGCAGGACUUGAAAGACGCGAUGUCCCCUGCCGAAAUUAGUGAUGCGCUCUCGCUGCACUCAAUAAAGCGGCACGACUGGCACAUCCAGGCGUGCUGUGCGCUCACGGGAGAGGGCCUCUACGACGGGCUGGGGUGGAUAGCGCAACACGUGACAGGGAGCAAAGCCCCGACGUAGGUAGAAGUAGGCUUGUACAUAUUUCCUCCGACUGUGUUCCGAACUGUCAGUUUGUCUUCUGUCGGACGCUUAGCAGGCAAUGUAUGUGGUUGCUGUCAGACAUGCAUUCAAUAUCAUUCCAGACACACUCGGUCACGUCGUUGAACAAAGUGAAUUGUCCAUCUGAACGAUUGAGAAUCAGGCGGCCGUCGUUUUGAACCUUAAACCUUACCUUCGCAAUGGUGUGUAGGAGUCCGACGAUUGGAUCACCGUUAUAUAUGUGCUCAG